UCCCCCACUGCGCCUGCGCACCAUUGCUGACUCUUGCCGACGGUGUGUUGGUCACGCGAUAGGAAAGUCCGUGAAAACUUUGUGCAUUUUCUUUUUAUUCAUUUCUUCUGUCAGUGCAAAACUUCGUAUUGAAUCCGAGAUUGAUAUUGUGGACAUCCGUGCUCUGCUAUGUCGUCGAGAGGACCCCGCAACCAAAGUUUUUACGGACAUGACGACCGUGUUGGAGACCGCGGAGCCAACCGUGGACGUGGUGGUCAGCGUGGCGGAGGCAGGAUGGGCAACAGAGGCGGGUUUGGUGCUCCUAUCCUCAAGCGUUACAACCGCCCAAAGUUCGGUGGCGCAUCAGGUGGACAACCUGGCUACGGUCGGCGAGACGGCAACAGGGCCAGGUUUGCAGAUGAAGAUGGCGACAUUGAGAUGCAGGGGGGCAACCUACCCGAUCACAUGCGCAACCGUUUCAAGCCAUACAACUCGUACAACCGGAACAGGAAAAGGAGAGGCAUGCCUGACAGGAGAGGAGGCAGGGACAGGGCUGUCUACGUUCCGCCACACCUACAGAACAAGAGCAGUGAAGGCACAUGGUACAAAGUUGUGGUUCCUCAUGGCAAGAAGCAUGGCAAGGACUUCAUCCUCAGAGAGAUCAAGGCGAGAAUGAGCGUUCCACUCAUUCCGUACAAUUUCCAGUUUGACGGCCACAAUGCUGUUUUCUAUCUCAACGAUGUCGCAACUGCUGCAGCGGUGCGCAACCUGAACAAAGUCAUUGACACGUCUUCUGGUUUCAAGAUGGCCAUCAUAACCAAGGGCUCCGAUGUGCCGAUCGUGGCUGUCGAUGAUGACACAAUGGCCAGUCUCAAGUUGGUGAUGAGCAAGCGCUACAAUGCCGCUCGUGGCCACCUCGACUUGUCAAACUUUCAAAAGGAUGAGACGCUGAAGGAGCUCAACCUCUACAUCACCUUUACCCGGACAAGCAUCAUGUCUAUUGCAGUCAAGAUCAUCGUGGAGAACGUUCCUGAGGUUCAGACACUGGACUUGUCAAACAACAAGUUGACCACGCUCUACCCUCUUGGUCCGAUUCACAGCGCAUGCAAGCAACUACGCUCCCUUAACCUCGCGAACAACCGGAUUGUCAAGAUGGCCGAGUUGGACAGCAUGAAGGGCAUGUCUUCUGUCCAAGAGCUGAUCCUGGAGGGCAACCCCGUCUGCACAGCAUACAACGACAAGAGCGAAUACAUCAGGUAAUGGGCUCGGACAUUGAAUGAAACGUCGCUUUCUCUCUAGAGAGGCUGGUAUGAAACCAGCGGGACCCUUGCCAUCACUGUCCCCUCUGUAAUUUAUCUGACAAAUGAACUGUAGAGGGAUG